UUUUAUUUGAUCAAACCGAACCGCACCUGAAUCAGAUUCGAACUGAACCAAACCGAAUUGAACCUCUUUUCCAAAAGUCGAAAAAAUCAAACCGGAUUGAACAGAACUGGGGAAAAAAGAAUGUCCAUACCGAGACAUGAUUUUAGGCUACAUGAUUUCUAAAAUACAAUUACGAGUAGCCAAUUAAAAUAUUACACGUUUAAUUAAUCAGAUAAUAAUUCUUAUUAAUCACCUCAAAAAUAUUUACUUCCUGUUUUUGAACCGAAGAGACUUCUUCUUCUCCAUUCUUGCUUCUUCUUCCUCGUCUUCGUCGUCUUCUGUGUACAGACAUACCUCCAUUUUAUAGAGAGCGAGAAACAGAGAGAUCAGAAGAAGAAGAGGAGGACAAAAUUAUAGAAGGAAACGUUUCAAUGCGUGCAUAGAAAUCGAUUCUCAUAUACUCUGAGAGAUUCAUAUAGAAGUUUCUGUUAGUUCGUAGCUCUAAGUUCUUCGUUCGUUGAGAGCUUGGAAAAUUGUCGCGGAGUCUGUUUUUGUUCUCCUAGAUCUUUGGGUGGAAACAAACAAGCUCGCGAAGACGAGAACUCUCGCCGUAUUUGGGAUCUGGUUCCGUUUAGAAGAUUUUCCAGGUUUCGACUGGUUCUAGCUGCUAAGUGGAAUCGACUCAUUUUAGCUGAAGAAACUUGUUGGGAGUGGGUUAAAGGGAUAUUUGAGGCUGAGUUGUUGCAGUAUGCGAUAAAGGUUUUUAUGAGAUGAAGGCAAUUAAGGGAUGGCGUCUAGGCAAAAUUAAUUAUAUGCAGUCUUUGCCUGGGGCUCGCCAUCGUGCUCCUACAAGGAAGCCUAUAUGGAUCAUUGCAGUGCUUUCACUGAUAGCAAUGUUUGUAAUUGGUGCUUACAUGUUCCCUCAUCACAGCAAAGCGGCAUGUUAUAUGUUUUCAUCUAAAGGGUGCAAGGGGCUAACUGAUUGGCUUCCACCAUCACUGAGGGAAUAUUCGGAUGACGAGAUUGCAGCUCGUGUAGUUAUUAGUGAAAUUUUGAGCUCCCCUCGUGUUAUAAAAAAGAGUUCUAAAAUUGCAUUUAUGUUCUUAACUCCUGGUACAUUGCCUUUUGAAAAGCUAUGGGACCUCUUUUUCCAGGGUCAUGAGGGGAAAUUCUCUGUUUAUAUACAUGCAUCAAAGGAUACUCCGGUUCACACCAGUCGUUACUUUCUUAACCGUGAGAUUCGAAGUGACGAGGUGGUCUGGGGUAGAAUAUCAAUGAUUGACGCUGAAAGACGUUUGUUGACCAAUGCUCUUAGAGAUCCUGAAAAUCAGCAAUUUGUAUUACUCUCUGAUAGUUGUGUGCCACUUCGAAGUUUUGAAUACAUGUACAACUAUAUGAUGCACAGCAAUGUCAGCUAUGUUGACUGCUUUGAUGAUCCUGGUCCACAUGGAACGGGCAGGCAUAUGGACCACAUGUUGCCGGAAAUUCCAAGGGAAGAUUUUCGAAAGGGUGCACAGUGGUUCUCUAUGAAGCGUCAGCAUGCUGUAGUAACUGUGGCAGAUAAUCUUUACUACUCUAAAUUCCGGGACUACUGUGGGCCAGGUGUAGAGGGCAACAAGAACUGCAUUGCGGAUGAACACUAUCUGCCAACAUUCUUCUAUAUGCUUGAUCCUACUGGCAUUGCUAACUGGACUGUGACAUAUGUUGAUUGGUCUGAGAGAAAGUGGCAUCCAAGAAAAUACAUGCCUGAAGAUAUCACGCUCGAGUUAAUUAAGAACAUCUCGUCCAUUGACGCAGUUUCACGCGUAACAAGUGAGAAAAACGGAGUAGUAUCCUGGACGCAUUGCAUGUGGAAUGGAAUCAAAAGACCUUGCUAUCUCUUUGGAAGGAAAUUUCAUGCUGAUACUCUCGAUAAACUGAUGGAACUCUUCCCAAACUACACAAGCAUCGUGUAGGGCUUUCGAGCAAUUUUGAUUGAUUGAUGAAAUGCAAUGCCAAGGAGGUAUUCUUUUGACUCGGAUUCUUUGGCCAACGUUCAGUUAUACCCAUGAAUCAAACUAAAACUUUUAGGCAAUAUCAUGGAACCCCUAGAAGCUGUAUCUCACUGUAAAGUCCUUUUACGAGCAGAGAAAAUCCGAAAUCGUGUGAUCUUUGAGAAAGCUUAGGAAGUAUUUGGGGUUUUGUCAUUUUGGUUGGGGACGUUGGGACAUUUUUAACUCAUCUGUUGUCACUACAUCUCAUUGUUAUUUAUAGAAUUUUCAGAGUGCUUUUUUGUUUUUCUCUCUUUUUGUUGGAGCACUUUGUUGAAUAUGAAAUGAAAACAAGAUAUGAGGCUUAUACAGUUUAAAAAAAGCUGGGCAUUUUGAUC